GUUGACGUUGGCUAUGAGUAUCUCUCAGGCCAUUGGCUUAGCCAUGCUGCCUGUUUGGUGCAUGCUGACCCUGGCAGGCGCUUCCUCGGUAUCGCGGAGCUUCGCGCUGAUGGAUGAAGAGCGGGCCUUUCAGCUGUUGGAGGUGUGGCAUCUUCUCAACCGCCAGGAGGGAUUCCUGGACGUGAGGCGCUUGCCGCAGGGCAAGGACAUGGCCUCCCGGAUUGUUAUCUCGGUGAAUGCAGCCAUCGUCAACAUUUGCCAUGCCCUGCGCUCCUCGCAUAAACUGGAGUCGGUCCAGUGCCCGGGGCCCUUUUUGGGCCAUGCGCUGGCGGACAAGGAAGUCGAAGCUGUGACCUGGGGCUUCGCUGAGAUCCCCGGUGUGGCCAAGCUAGCUCUGCUCGGCGGGCCCUGCGGGGGGAAGACCAAAUCGGGGCGGCGCAUCCGCGACGUGCUGGAGAAGGAGCCCUCCAAGUUCCAGGUCUUCCGAACCCCGGAGAUCGCCACGGUGCUCUUCCUUCAGGGCGCGAUGAGCAAUGGGACGUAUCAGAAUUUCGUGCCAGAGGAGUAUAUUGAGUUCAUUGUGCAAUGCGAGAUUUUGCAGAUCGUUUUUGAAGGAAUUUGGGCCCAGGGCGCCGCCUUGUCUUCCGGCAGCGCCACGGGACUGCUCCUCACGGACCGGGACGCCUUGGAUGGAAAGUCUUACUCCAGGCCGGUGGAUGAGAGCCAGCCUGUGUCCUGGUCCAGGAUCCUCUUGAAGGUGGGGGAGCGCUUGAAGAUCCCGGGCUUGUCGGACGACGACUUGGCGAAGCGCUACUUGGGCGCCGUCUUUUGGCACACCGCUGCCUCCCAUCAGGGCCGCCUGGACGUGGAGGCCUAUAGCCGCUACUGCCGGAAGCCAACUCGCCACGAGACGGCUGAGGAGGCUUUGGCGAAAGAUGAGAUGGCGGCCAAGGUGUACAAGGACGUGUAUCGGGAAGAUGCGAUUCUGUGGUUGGAGAGCCUACAUUCCGGAGACUUUCCUGCCAAAAUGAAGAAGAUCGUGAGCUUCAUCCACGAUCGCCUCGCGAGCUCUCCCCCGACGGUGCUGGCAGCGCUGCCAGCGGCGCUGCCGGCCGCGCUACCGCCCUUCCAGGCCAUCGUUUUCCUAAGCCUCGCGGGCCUCGCGAGCGCGGGCCUCAUCCUCUUGAAGCGGCCUCGAACCUCGCUGAGGGAGCCGCUAGUGUGAG